AUGAGCAUAGGAAAUGUAGAUCGUGAAGAAACAAAGAAAAUAUUGUCGAAUAAACAGAGACAAUCCAGAGAAAUCGAAAGACUAAAAAAAUAUAAAUCAGAAUCUUGCAAUUUAUUAAGACCCAGCUGUUCCUCUCAAACUACUAAAUUAUUAUCAGGGUCAGCAUCUGACCCCUCAAAAUAUGAAUCCUCUUCAGAUCUUAUUAAUCCAAACUUACCCUCUACCUCAAAAAACACUCAAAUGAGACCAACGUUACCUACGUUAGCUCUUGUAUGCGAUAAAUAUGGUAUAUCUACCGCAAGGAAGGAGUUUGAAAGUGAUAACAGAAGAAUAAGAAGUCUAUAUUUUGAUGGAAGAAAGGACAAAACUUUACUGCAAGAGAAGAAAAACGGUAGAUUGUACAAGAAAACUGUUGUCGAAGAACACAUAUCGCUGAAUCGAUCUAUAUUGGUUAUGCAAGUAACUCCAACUACAGGGACGGCAAAGUCAAUUGAAAAAGCAGUAUUGGACUUUUUUGCUAAAAACAAUUUGGAACUAGAUGAUUUGGCGGCUGUAGGUUGCGAUGGGACUGCUGUUAACACCGGUAAUAAAAAUGGUGUUAUUAGGUAUAUUGAGACUGAAUUGAAAUGUCCUUGUCAAUGGUAUAUUUGCCAACGAAUUGCCAUUAAGACAUUUAGAUGGCAGCACAGUGGGACUUUGUCAAUAUUCUGGUGA